UUCCAUUGCCGAAAUCCCAGUAAAUUGAUUCGGAACCCUCAUCGACACAUGAAUAAUCAGAAUGCGCGGUGGGCGCCUUACGGCCUGCAGGGCGGAAGAGUCGAAGGCCAACCGGCGGAGGAGCCGGAGAUUAUAGUCAUCAGCGGACGCGACCUGCGGGCCUUCAUCUUCCGGGUGUACGUGUCCUCGCUCUUGCUGUGCGUCGUAUCCUCGAUUCCAUGGAUCAUCCUCUCGGCUCUCGUCGUGGACGUGUACGAGGACAUCCCGGUUCCGCCGUUCGUGUGGUUGCUAUUGGCCUUCAUCAUCCUGACCAUACUCAGCUGCGUCCGACAGACCCCCGCCACAACCCUCUUCUGCUGGGGAAUGGUCGUGGCAUCGUUGUUCUUCAUCACCCUGUACGGAGCGUACUACAUGCAUCUGGUGAACGUGUGGGUCCUGCUGGUGUCCAUGAUAGCCUCAGGUGCCCUGCUCUUCCUGCUCCAUCUGUACGGGGCCAGGAGUCCGGAGGUUCUGCUGCCCAACCUCCUCUGCACUUGCUGCGUCUUCCUGCUGGCCACCAUCACGAUGAUCGUGCUCAUUAUCCUCUUCCUGGUCAUCCGCGAUCUGCGCUACAUGUUGGCCUUCGCCAUUGUCUUCGUUAUCCUGAUCGUGUUCAUGGCUCCCUUCCAGGCCCGGUACAUCUGCGGAAGACUCCGUCAAGUUCCUUAUGGGGAGACCGCGAGCUGCGCCAACGGCAUCUACCUGCACUUCGUCUUCCUGAUCGGCAGCAUGCUGGUCUUUGCCCUAUACUUCGAUUACGUUAAUAAUGAGUAAUUCAAGGGAAAUUUGGGCAUAACAUGUAGGGUAAUUUAUUAAAGAGUAUCGCCAAAACAGUAAUUAUCAGAGAACAAUAAAGUGUUUGCCCUAACAAUUAAAAAUACAAAUAUAACAAAAUAACA